AUGUUAGAACUCAAUAUUAGAGAAAACUGUUCUCAAUAUACCGCGGUGCCUUCACAUGAAAUCGAUAAUGUUAAAAUUAAUUCUCCUAAAGUUUUUACAGAAGGGGAAAAAAAUAGGUGCCGAUAUCCCCUGAAAUUGAAAUCUGGUGAAGAGUUUAAUAAAGUUGCCCCUCGAUCAAGCGCCCAAUUUAAGAUCGGCCCUGAGUUUGGCGAGACUCAUUUGUUUAGUACAUUAUUGACAUCUAGUGGUUCUCAAGUUUGUCCAAUUCUCAAUUCUAGAAUUGAUAGAGGGUUUGAGAAAAUUGAUAAUGAGUGGGUUGGUUACAAGAGAAAUUAUUUCACCUUGGUUGCAGCGUUUCAAUUCCUUGGAAUGCCUUUCAAAGAAUUUCUAUCAGAGACAUUUACUGUGAUCGAUAGCAAACACAAAGAAUAUCCGGUGAGAUUUUUUUCAAUAAAUUUGAUCUCAAAAUGUUCUGAAGAUGAAUCGUGUAUCAAUUUGGUUCAGCAUACCGCAAAAAGAGACAGAGGCCCGCAAUUUCCUCCACCAAGCUAUCCAGCAGUUCCCGGUGCCCUACCAAAUCAUGAAAUUGUUAGAGAAGCAGCUAAUAUUAGAAAUUACGAUAAAAUUACUAAAUUGAAUAAGAUAUUUUACUGUAAUCGCCUCUCUGAAAAAGAAGAGCACGAUGAUAUUUCAGCAAUCAUUGAUUAUCCACAAGAUGAAAUUUCAAAAGUAGCAAGAUACGAGCGAAUCCAGUUUUCAUCAUCCAUAAAUUUUCGAAAACCUUCUCCAGCAAAUAAGCAUUUUAAAUUGGUUGUUCAGUUGAGUGCAAUUACUAUGGAUGACAGAAAUGUUUGUAUUGCUCAGAUAGAAACUCCUCCCCUAGUUAUUAGAGGUAGAUCUCCAUCUAACUAUAGAGGCCUUUUACUUGACGAAGUUAUGGCCAAAACCUCAAAGAAAAAGAAAAGCAAUGUUGAUACCAUUAAUGAAAAUUUAUUCUUAGAUAAUCUCAAAGAUGAUCAUGGAUCUUUAACAUUUCAAGGUACUCAAGCUGAAGAAAUUCCAUUCGAAUCCUCCGCAAUUGAUACCCUAACAAGUGACCCUCCAAUACGAUGUAUCUCACCCUCAAUUCACCUUCCUCAGUUGAUGAUAGAUAGAUCCAAAGUUAGUACUAAUAAGAAACAAAGAAAGCAAUCUAAGCUUAAAGCGACAAAAGUAACCAAACCAAAAAAGACCCCGAAGGCACCAAAGACCUUGAAAGCACCGAAAGAAUGGAAAAGGCUUAAAUCUUUGAAAGACACAAAUGAUUCCAAAAAAACAAGGCCCAUAAAAGAGAAGAAAAAUUUGCUCGAUGUCAUGUCAAAAGAAAGGAAUCCAAUAAUUUCUGAAGCAUGCACUAACGAACGCAGUAUUACUGAUGUUAUCAGCACCAGCACGCCUAAAAAUGAUAGGAAAGACCACAGAUUGAACAGUAACUUAAAUUCCAAAAUAAAAGCAAAAAUGAAUAUUAACUCUAUUAUUAAUUCUCAAAUCAAAUUAGAAUCAGAAAAUGAAAUUCCCUCGAAGAUGAAUAAUGGUCUUAGUUCCAAAUUCUCCGAAUCAAAUGAACAUCAAACUACUUUUUGUGAAUCUAAAGAAGAGUCUGUACUUCUAAAUUUUGAUAUUUUAGCAGUUAAUAAUUUCAGUUUACAGGGAAUAAAGAAUUGUGAAUCACAUUUCACUCAAAGAGCAAGGUCCCGAGACUACGAUAACGGAGGCAGAGAUAUUAUUAAGAAAGAUAAAGAUGGGGUUGCAAUUAUUGCAUCAUUUUAUGAGAAUGAUAGUCUUGAUUUUGCAUCUUCUUUCCAUAGCGGAAUGAUGAUGAAUUUACGGAGAAUUGACGUUGAAAUUGAAGAUAACAAAAAUGCCUCGCAAAUAUUACAGCAAAAUGAUUGGCCUUUCAUAAGUAGCUAUGAUAAAAGCAUGGAAAAAAAAAUCCCUCCUUUAGUGAAAGACAAUGCGGAGCAUGAUCUAGUGAAAUAUAAACCUAAUAAUAAUUUUAAACUAGAAGAGAUCUUUGCAACAUCGUCUCCAACUAAACUACCAACCAGUGUCCAUUCAAAUGACUAUAUAAAUUAUGAAUACCAUGACUUAUAG